CCUCAUUUCUCAGGCAGUUUGUGUCACGCUUUGCAUCGGCACAGUCACAAUGUCGGUCCUCACAUGGUUUUCACCAACAACCUGGACUUUGCUGACUCUCGCUUUCACCCUGUUGCUCUUGUAUGGCAUUUGGCCUUAUCAUUUAUUCAAAAAGCUGGGAAUACCAGGACCAAGGCCUCUGCCUUUUGUUGGAACACUUCCAUACUUUAGAAAGGGGAUUUACAGCUUUGACCGUGAGUGCCAAGACAAAUAUGGAGACGUCUGGGGGUUGUAUGAAGCUCGGUUACCAGUGCUAAUGGUGGCAGACCCUGAGAUCAUUAAGACUGUGAUGGUGCAGGAGUGCUACUCUGUGUUCACCAACCGCAGGGACACUCCUGCUAUGGGACCUGUGGCUGAUUCACUUACAUUUGUUAAAGAUGAAACGUGGAAACGGAUUCGGGCCACUGUAUCUCAAUGCUUCUCCAGUGGAAAACUCGAGCAGAUUUUUCCCACCGUGGUCCCCUAUGCAGACAGACUCGUGGACAAACUCGGGCAACUAAAAGAGGAGGCACAUGUUGAUGUCAAACAAUUUGUGGCACCUUACGGUUUAGAUGUCGUGACCAGCGCUUCUUUUGGAGUCGAGGCAAACGCCCUGAAGAACCCUGAUCACCCUCUCAAUGUUCAUCUCAAGAAGAUCGUGAACUUCAAAGUUUGGCCUUUACUUCUACUAAAGAUAUUUCCAUUUAGUGUCCUUCUGUUUAAACUCCUGAACAUUGACGUGAUUCCCCGCCUCAGUGUGGAUUAUUUUUACGACAUCAUAAAGAGAUUUAAAGACCAGCACUGUGCAGAAGAUACGAGCGGAGCAAGCUUCCUGCAGGUGAUGAUGCAGAGCGAGAUUCCAAAGACGGAGAUAAAGAGCGAAGAGAAACAGCCGAGGAAAGGUUUGACUGAACAUGAGAUUCUUUCCCAGGCCUUCAUUUUCAUCUACGGCAGCUACGAGACCACCACCGUCACGCUCACGUACACACUGUACAAUCUGGCCACCAACCCCAAAGCUAUGCACAGCUUGUUGCAAGAAAUCGAUGCCAGCCUACCAAAACAUGCUCCAGUUUCAUACGAGGCCCUGUUCCGUCUGCAAUACCUGGACCAGGUCAUUUGUGAGACAUUGCGCUUGAUGCCUCCUUUGCCUCGGCUUGAGAGGAUGUGCAAAAAAACUAUCCAAGUCAACGACGUCACCAUCCCUGAAGGAACCUUGGUUGGGAUUCCCGUGUACGUGGUGCACAGGGAUCCUCGUUUCUGGAGCUCCCCUGAGCUUUUUAGACCGGAGAGGUUCUGUAAAGACAGUGGUGAGGAGGUGAACCCGCACGCGUACAUGCCAUUUGGCAUCGGGCCUCGCAACUGUGUUGGGAUUCGUUACGCUCUCCUCGUGGUGAAAAUGGCCGUUGUUCGUAUCCUGCACGAUUACACUGUGCAAACAUGCAAUGACACGAUGAUUCCUUUGGAGUUUGACUGGAAGGCCCAGCCGACUCGGCCAAUAAAACUCAAGUUUGUUCCCAGGCAAUCGAGAGAAAAGAUCACAUAAUGUGUCACUUCUCUUUCAUUAUUUAGCUUUGUUUUUUUAAUCACUUUACUUACAUAUCAUCUUCAAUGUUUCUCAUGUCCUGAUAUUUAAGUAUAUAUACAUAUAUAUGUAUAUAUACCAGGGUACCCUGUUAAUGAGCUGUUCAUCUGAAUCAGGUGUGUUGGAGCAGGGCAACUAAUCUAAAACAUGCAGGGUAGUGUUCCCUGAGGACCAGGGUUGGGAAACACUGCUCUGUGGCACACUGUCACAACCCAGCUCAUACACCACAACAAAAACACAGUUUUAACUUAAGAAUAAUAUUAUAUUAAUAAAUAAUAUUAAAGAACUCACCAAAGUAACACUGAAUAUAAUGAAAGCCCGACAGGUCACUGGGAGCCAGGUGCUCCCACUUGUGUUAAUUAACUCCACCCACAUACUUGCACGACAACUCACAAAUAAAAAAUACAGCAGGCUUUGCUGGAGCACGAGGGCUGUGAAUGUGGUUUGUUUUUUUUAAUCCCACACAAAGCUGAAACAGAAUAUACAACAUUUUUUGCAUUAAUUGUGUUUUCUUCCUCUUACAAAGUUCCUGCAAAGUUCAUUUUGUGGCCAGUGUAUCAUAGUAGUAGAGGAUGUUGAUACUCAGUCUCUUUCUACAUUAAUUUACGUGUAUGAGUGUUAUUUCUUUCUUUAUAACAACCACAUAUAACAGGCACACAUCAUCUGUAGCAUCUGUAUCAACCAUGGAUAUUUGUCUCCACCCAGAGGACAAAUAUCCAGCUGUUACAAAAAUAAAUACAACAUAAACUGCUUUCAAUAAAAGGUGUAUUAUUGUUGUUCAGAAGCUAAAUGAAUGUGGCAAAAGUACUUUUUUUUAUCUGACAAUUUAAGAUUGUAACUAUGAACUUGUUUUACAAUUGAAUAGGCAAAGUAGGUCACCAAUAAACCAACUAAUCAGCAGAGAAACGACACGA